GGCAUUGACCUACGCGAGUACCUGGCGUGAUUGACGGAAUGGCGUCGAGCGUCGCUCACGACGCCUCAUCGGCCCCCGCUGCUGCCUCCGAGUCGCUGGUGCGCGAUACCGUGCCCGAUAUCUCGCUCAUGAGGCGAGCGUUCACCGCCAUGGACACCAACAAAGACGGGCACGUCUCCUUCCAGGAGUUUUCCACGUACGCCGCGACCGAGCUGCGGCUAGGAAAGCCAAGGGCGCGGUCUGCCCUCACGCAGCGGCAGCGGCGGAUUCGCACCGAUCCCGAGAGGGAUGCGGAUGCCGCUGAUCAGCCACGUCGCCGCAAGUCCAAGCUCCUCAAGGGCAUGAGCGACGGCGGCGAGGAGCGGGCGCGUGGCGCGGGCGCGCGCCGCUUUGGCCUCUCGAACGCCUCCUCGCGCGCCAGCCGGCUGGCGGUGCGGCGCUUCGGGCUGGGGAGCGGCAACGGCUCCGGCCCGUCCCUGUUUUCCGACGUGCCGCUCUUCCUCGCCGAGGAGGAGACGGAGAGGCUGAUGCAGCACGCUCCGCCGUACGGGUUCCGGUUCGGCAGGUUCCGACCGGACGAGCUCGAUGCGAAGCGGCGCAACGCCACGCUGCCGCGCGUGCGGCGGUACGGCUCGUGCGCCGUCGUCGGCAGCUCGGGCACUCUGGUGCGGCGCAGCUACGGCGCGGAGAUCGACGCGCACGACGCGGUGUGGCGCGUGAACAGCGCAGUCGUGAACGAGAGGUACGCUGAGUUUGCAGGUCGGAGGACGACCGUCCGUGUGCUCGCCUCGCCGCACGCGGGGUCGGAUUGGCGCUUCAAGGAGCAGGACGCCUUCCCCGACACGACCGCGAUGGUGGUGUGCGACCGGCCGUACGCCUACUCGUGCCGAAACGGGGAGGGUGUGAAGAGACGCUGUUCACAGCGGGAGGUGUGAAUAGGUACGUCUACUCGUGCCAAAACGUGCUCUACGCGACGCGCAAGCCGAACCUGCACGGCAUCAACCCGCUCUUUUACGCGGCGGUGCGGCGUGCGACCGACCGGCGAAAGAACGCGAUCCCGCUCACGGGGGUGACCGCCGUGGCCAUCGCGACGAGGAUGUGCCGCAAGGUGGACGUGUACGCGAUGAGCACGCUGAGCGGACCGCCGGCGUGCUACUACUACUGGUACUCGAAGCGCGGCGGCGGUUGCACCGGCGGCGCGCGCAGCUCCGACGAGUGGUACCACAAGCGGCCAGGCGACGCCGAGUUCCAUGACUUUCGAGGCAACGCCGACGCGCUCCUGCAAUGGAACGCGAGCGGCGCCAUCCGGAUCCGUGUCUGAGAGUAAGACGCCGCGCCACUUGGACGGCGGGGCGCGGGGAGGGCGAGACUCGAGGCAUCGCCCGACGGAAACGCCCGAGCGUCGAAAACCAGCGAGAGAUGGUGUCCAAGGUGUGCGGACCAUAUGUUGGUGAGCGUUCUUACUUGUGUGGAUCAGUUUCGUGAGUGUGUGACCUACCAGCGCCAGCGAUGACGGCUUUUUAUUUAGCAGAUAGCACCACAAUGAGA